AUGGCUGAACCACCAUCAUUAAAAGAUAUCAGAUCACCAUUAGAUUUAGAUAAUUUAAAAUCAUAUUUAUCAAAAGUUAAUUCAUCAAGUCCGAAAACUCAAAUUGGAUUUAAUUCUAAUAUUCCAAGAUCAUUUACAAUAGCUAAACAAUUUACAUUUGGACAAUCUAAUCCAACUUAUUAUUUAGAAGAUUCAAAUGGUUCAAAGUUUGUAUUAAGAAGAAAACCAAGUCCAAAUGCAAAAAUAAUUUCUAAAACUGCUCAUGCUAUAGAAAAAGAAUUUUUCAUUAUAAAUGCUAUAAAUCAGUUAAAUAAUGAUGUUCAGGAUAAAGACUUUAUAGUACCUGUUCCAACUGUUCAUUUAUUAUGUGAAGAUGAAUCAAUUAUUGGAUAUGUAUUUUAUUUAAUGGAUUAUGUUGAAGGUUUACAAAUUAAAAAUCCAUCAUUACCUGGAUUUUCAAAUGAUGAUAAAAAUAUUUAUUAUAAAUCUAUAAUUAAUACAAUAGUUGGUAUUCAUAAAUUAGAUGUUGAAAAACUUCUAUCAAUAUUACCUAUUGAAUAUUUCCCACAAUUUCAAAAUAUUGAAAAAUUAAAAACUACAAGUUAUUUUAAAAGACAAAUCAAGACAUUAACUAACAUCCACAAUUUACAAUCAAAACAUGUUGAUCCAAUUCCAAAUUUUGAAAAAUUAACUAAUUGGUUUAUAGAAAAUGCACCAGAAGAUCCAUCAAAAUUAACUUUAAUUCAUGGAGAUUUAAAAAUUGAUAAUUUAUUAUUUAAUCCAACUACAAAAAAAGUUUGUGGAGUAUUAGAUUGGGAAUUAUGUACUAUUGGACAUCCAUUAUUUGAUUUAUCUAAUUUUUUUCAACCUUUCCAAUUUCCUCAACAAAUGAAUCAAUUGAUGUUUCAAGAUCCAGAAAAUGAAAUGGGAUUGGGAAAUCCAGAAUCUGAACAAUUCUUGUUAGAACAAUUAAAAAAUUAUAGUAAAUUAAUUAAAUGGAACCCCGAAGAUCCUUCAAAUGAUCCAAUUAAACUUUGGAAAAUUGGUCAUACUUUUGGUCUUUUAAGAUUAUGUGUUAUAAGUCAAGGUAUUGCUAUGAGAGUUAAACAAGGUAAUGCAUCAAGUGCAAGUGCUAAACAAUAUGCUGAAAUGUAUCCAUUUUUAAGUGAAUUGGCUGUUGAUUAUGCAUUUGGUGAACAUAGCAUUGAUCAUAAAUCUAAGAUUUAA